AUGUCGAUGUACAAUCAGCCAAGUGUGAACUCGCCGUAUGCACGACCAUACAUGUCGAAUCACCUUUGCUUUCAGGACCGGCUGCGGAAAGAGUUCUACGGCUCGGUGCCAAAGGAGCUCCUCCCCCAGGUCGAUGCGCCUCUCAAGGAGGCCUCGCGGAAGAGGUUCGGGCUCCCGCCCUCUGGCUCGGCACCGAAUCUGAUGCUAGCGCAGGAGCGUUUUCCCAAGGGCGGCUUCAACCGGAUGAACAACGACUCCUCUGGCUUCUCGAGGUCCUUUGGUUUCGGUGGCUGGAGCGGCUCCGGCGGUCUCAACAGCUUUCAUCGGCAGUACUUCGGCCCGGUCAAUCGACCAGAGGACGAGAGGUCCAUGGACUUUCGCCAUCCGCUCUUGUCCCAAAAGCUCGAGAGGAUGAGGGCCAGUUGCCUGCCACCGUGA